CUCUGUCUCUCUGUGUCUCUCUGUGUCUCUCUCUGUCUCUGUCUCUCUGUGUCUCUGUCUCUGUCUGUCUGUGUCUCUCUCUGUCUCUCUGUGUCUCUGUCUCUCUCUGUGUCUCUCUGCUGACCACUGACCACGACAGCCACGGCGGGGAUUUUGUAAGAGGGGCGAACAAAAUAUCGGAGGCGACAUUUCCACCACCACCGCUCCACCACCGCCGCUCCUCCACCACCGCUCUUCCACCACCGCUCCACCACCACCGCUCCUCCACCACCGCUCCUGCCCCGACUCCGCUUCCUCCUUUGACGUUUGGAAGUUUCGCGGCGACCCGCGGGGCGAUGGGACGGAGUCGGCGCUGAGCCGGGCCUGAGUCGGGGCCACCUCCUCAGUGCUAUGUCCGGGGCGGGGGGCGCCCCCCCCAAGGCGACGCUGCUCAAGGUGAUCCUGCUGGGAGAUGGCGGCGUGGGCAAGAGCUCGCUCAUGAACCGCUACGUGAGCAACACCUUCGACGCCCAGAGCUUCCACACCAUCGGCGUCGAGUUCCUCAACAAGGACCUCUCCGUGGACGGACGUGCGGUGACGAUGCAGAUCUGGGACACGGCGGGGCAAGAACGGUUCCGCAGCCUGCGAACUCCCUUCUACCGGGGCUCGGACGCCUGCCUGCUCACCUUCAGCCUGGACGACGCCCACUCGUUCCGCAGCCUGGACGCGUGGCGCUCCGAGUUUGCGUACUACGCGGACGUCGCCGCCCUGGACGCCUUCCCCUUCGUGCUGCUGGGGAACAAGCUGGACCUGCCGCACAGGGAGGUGUCGGCCGAGGAGGUGUCGGCGUGGUGCCGCUCGCGCGGCGACGUGCCCUACUUCGAGACGAGCGCCCGCGACUCCACCAACGUGGCCCUGGCCUUCGAGGAGGCCGCCCGGCGCGCCAUCACCUCCGACCUGCGGCAGGCCGGCGGCGGCGGCGGCGCCUUCACGGCGACGGACACUGUGUCGCUGGGUCGCCACGGCGACGGCAACUCCUCGCGGUCCUGCUGCUAGCACCCUCACCCACCCCCCACUCUCCCCCACCACCACCACCACCCACCACCACCACCCACCACCACCACCCACCACCAACACCACCACCCGCUAAGCCCACGGGGCUUGUAGGGACGGCUGCCGCUAGCAGAUUUUGUUUCCGAUUUUGACAAGUUAAUUAGUUAAUUGGCUGUAACUUACCACGGCAACAUCCCCCCCCUCCUCCGCCCCCUCCUUACCGCCAGGUUCCAAUUCACCUGCGGGCCAACACGGGGACAGCCGCCAGUAGGAGGGGGGGUUGGGGCGGGGGGGGGCGGUGUUGGGGGUAGCGUGGCCGUGUGGGAGAGGAGGCACUCGGGAGGUGCCGAGCCGUUGGUGGCGGCAGUCGCGUUCGAAGUUGUGGUGGCGAUAGUGGCGGUGGUGGUGACGGUGGUGGUGGCGAUAGUGGCGGUGGUGGUGGCGAUAGUGGCGGUGGUGGUGGCGAUAGUGGCGGUGGUGGUGGCGGUGGUGGUGGCGAUAGUGGCGGUGGUGGUGGCGAUAGUGGCGGUGGUGGUGGCGAUAGUGGCUGCGGCGGCGGUGGUGGUGACGGCGGUGGUCGCCUCUCGGCCCCACGGCAGAUUUCCGCGAGGUGCUUUAAGAGGCACCUCGGCUGCCGUGUUGGAUGCUUGUGAAGUCUCCAGCUGUAACGUCGGACGGCCGUGUCGGCCUCCGGCAGAUUUGUCCGGGACGCUUUGCGCCUGAACGUGGACGGGCCUCCGCGGAUUUUGAGGUGCGGAAAUCCGGUCGUGAACCGUCGCUUGCGUAGGCAGGCCUUUCCUGCUCCACACCGCCAGGGCCUCAGUCUGCGGCUCUCGCCUGGACAAGGCCGGGGCUUGGUCUGGCCGAGCGGGAAAGCACCGGACCGGGCCUAAGCCGGAUUGAAACUCCCGCAAUGUGUUUGACGUUUGUAUUUAACAAACUUACACCUUGGCACUGAAUUGAGUGGGGGGGGGCGAGACUUAGGCCCCAAUGCAUUGAUUUGAUUGUGUGGGGGGCCUAGCAUAUGUGAUAAGCCCAGCUAAGGCUUCAAGCUGGGCGGAAAUCUUUCUGACUUUGACUUCUUUGGCUCUCCUUCAUAUUCAUCUCAGAGACUCCGUGAAUCCCUCCGCUCCAACUCAAGUAAUAUAGCCUGACUCUCCCAGGACCAGAGUCUCGGCUCAGACCGGGUUCCAGGACCAGAGUCUCGGCUCAGACCGGGUUCCAGGACCAGAGUCUUGACUCAGACCUGGCUCAGACCGGGUUCCAGGACCAGAGUCUCGGCUCAGACCUGGCUCAGACCGGGUUCCAGGACCAGAGUCUUGGCUCAGACCGGGUUCCAGGACCAGAGUCUUGGCUCAGACCGGGUUCCAGGACCAGAGUCUUGGCUCAGACCGGGUUCCAGGACCAGAGUCUUGGCUCAGACCGGGUUCCAGGACCAGAGCCUUGGCUCAGACCGGGUUCCAGGAUCAGAGUCUUGGCUCAGACCGGGUUCCAGGAUCAGAGUCUCGGCUCAGACCGGGUUCCAGGACCAGGGCAGUGCAACCCUUCGCUGUGGAGAACGGUCCACGGAAGCGGACAUGACAGAGUUACCUCUGCCUCACGUGACCUCAGGUGACCUCAGGUGACCUCUCAUCCACGCGCAGUAAGGGGCAGCAUCUCUCCAAGUUGCCCCGCUACGUCGAGGGUCGCGUUCAGCACGUGACGGUAAACCCAAUGUUGCUCAUUCCCAGAGCUGGAAUUUAGCCAAAUUAAAUGCAGAACCAAAUUUAAUGUGUUAGGAUUAUAUUUUUUGUGCGGUCGCUGGUCUAAUACCAACCACUCGCUACACUUGAGAACCCGGUUUAAUGACAACUCACUCCGUGCGAAUCUGUGGAUCUCCGUAGGUCUCCGUGUAAGUCUGGGGGUCUCCGUGCGAGUCUGUGGGUCUCCGUGCGAGUCUGUGGGUCUCCGUGCGAGUCUGUGGGUCUCCGUGCGAGUCUGUAGGUCUCCGUGCGAGUCUGUGGGUCUCCGUGCGAGUCUGUGGGUCUCCGUGCGAGUCUGGGUCUACGUGCGAGUCUGUGGGUCUCCGUGCGAGUCUGUGGGUCUCUGUGUGAGUCUUCGGGUAUCCGUGUGAGUCAGUAGGUCUUUGUACGAGUCCGUGAGUCUCCGUGUGAGUCUGUGGGUCUCUGUGCGAGUCCGUGAGUCAAUAAAAAUCCGGUGUAAUCA